GCUCCAGACCUCAUGUCGGGUACACAUAUCACCGGCCAUGAUGCAAGGUGUCACGGGGAUUUGUGCACCCGGUGAUUUGUGUACCCUUGUGCUUUCCUCGCCGUCCCAAACCGUGACAACGUUUCAAGCAAUUGAUAUUACUGAAUACUCGUCUCUAGGCGUCGUUUUGAGAUUCACUCCAACAUUAGUUGGAGACGAUUGCAGACUCAGCUGCAAGCAUAGAUGGGUCUACAAGCCUGCAGUUCUCAACUUGCAACUGGGGAUCGCUGUAGGAGCAUUGAUGUGCACGCGUGUAUGCCAACUAGAGACUUAUGGACGACCUGGUCAUGUGUACACACGGACGGACGGAGAUCUUAACACAGCUGGCAAUUUAAGAUGAUGUACUGCUUGCUGCACAUCACCCAACUGACUGACAGAAGUGAUCUCACUGUUUUCAGCUUCUAAAGGAAACCUAGCUUCUCGCCCAUGCAUUAAAAAGAAAGGAGUGAACUUGGUGGACUCUUGAACACUGGUUCGAAUAGCAAAGAGAACUGGGUCAAGGAGUUCAUCCCAGUCUUCUUCAUGCUCUAUUACCAAUUUUUCAAGGCAUCUAUGUAGUCAUAAUACUCUAAUUGCAAUAGAACUACACUUAUCUUCUUAUAUUGUUUAUCUUACUUUCUAAUUGUUUGAUUUGUUCUUUCAUCUAGUCCGUUAGACUGAGGAUGAUAAGCAGCUGUUAUUCUUUGCCUGACAUUGAAUUGACAAUGGAGUACCUUGCA